AAUAAUCAAACCAGUCUGCAAGAAGCAGUCAAGCUGGACAGUCCGAAAAUACGAGCCGAGUCUGCGAAGAUUUGAAGACACGAAUAUUUCAAAGCACACGCAAAAUAUUUUAUUUCAGACUGCUGAAGAUCACGAUGUCAAGGCUUAAAGAAGUGUUUAUCGUCCUUGCUUUCCUCUUUGUGAAAGUUGAAAUGCAAAAACUCGGAAAACAUAAUUUUACAAGUGAAUGGCUGGUUGUGAUGAAAGAUACUCUUUAUCCACCUUUGGUUACGGAAAUGAAGAAUCGCCUGGUCUACGUAUCGUUUCCCUCCGAAUUCACUAUUAAACUCGAAACCUCUAAAAUAGUAAAUAAACCAUGUGAAGUGCCUGUUACUGCCAUAAAAGAUCACAAGGGAAGAAACGUGAUACCCGUGUACGCAGAGACGCUGGGCAACGGCAAGAUAGUCGUUUCGCUUUUGGAAUACAAGAAGAAGCCGAAUCAGUCCCAAGUGUGGUUGUACGUCAUCGACCCUCAAAAGUGUACAUACGUCUUUGAAAAAUUCGCGCUGGAUGCUACAUUUUUAUCAGUCCGUGACCUGAUGACUAUCGUGCCUUAUAAUCAAAGCUUUGAUGUCUUUGUAAACAGCGCUUCGCACUGCGAAGCUGGCUUCAUAUGUAGCUUGAGGUUCACAGACGAGUUGGAAUUAUCGGAGAAAAAAAAGUCUGUGAUAAAAUUGGAUAGCGAUGGAUGGGACAUAACUACGACAAAGGACUAUGACUCGAGUGAAGGUUACCUUUACAUUGUGAUGAUGAACAACUUGAAUAACACGAUAAUCAAACGUCUAGACUCAAACUUCGAUACAGUGCAAAUGACUCAUCUCAACUACUCGGGAAGCAUAGCCUAUUGGUACGACGAAGACGGCAGCGCAAGCUCGUGUUUCGGUGUUUCGGACCAGGAAAUCGAAUGCGUCCUCCUGGACGCCCAAAUGCAAGUCAAGGUUAAUUCGAGUUUAUUCUACGACAGUUACGUACAGUACUAUUCUAUAUUCAGACUCAGAAACGGCGAUGCUGUAGUAUUGACGAUUUUAAGCAGUGAUCCAGAUGCAUCUGACUCUGCCACGUAUGCUCAGUAUUUAGGCUUGGAUGGCACGAUUGGUUCUCCGGUCAAGUUUCAAGAGUACAUUUGCGAGAACGUUUACGAGAUGAAUACGUUUGAAAUCGAAGAGGGCCUCUACUGUUCUAGUACCAUGUGCCAGAACAUCGUCAACACCAAGUGCAUCGGUGCGGAGGAAAUUCGCGGAUUUUAACGGCGAUUUAUAAAAGUAUCGUUAGCAUGAGACUAAUUUAUUUGCGACGUGCGACAAGUUAUAAUUGAAUUAAUAGUUUGGAAGUUGACAAUUUUCGUAAUUUCGUACAUAAACAUUUAUUAAAAGAACAUUUGAUUUUUUCCUACAUAGUAAAAAAAACCUUAUAGAAAUAUUAUACAAGUAUUCAUUGACGGUACGGUUCGCAAUAUUAUCAAAGACGAAUUUGAACGUGCACCUGGCACAAAUGUGAACACGACCGAAGCGCAUAACUGUCUCUCGGGCCUAAUGCUUCUUUAAUAACCAGUUAUAUGUGUUUGAGGUAAUUAGAUUCAAAAUUUGUGGUUUGAGGCUCAGCAGAAACUUUUGAUCAAUCUAUAAAGCCGAAUCGUGUUGAAUGAUAUCAGUCACCGCACAAUAUGAUUAAAGCUUGAAAUUCCAUUUGUUGCAUGGGGUCUGAAACCACAAUAACAGGUAUACGCAAGAGCUUCUCUUGUUUUAAUAUGUAUAAACUAACUUGAUUCAGAAACGUACAGCACUUCGGAGAGAACUUCAUAACUUGGAAGUGUUCGCAAAAUUGACGAAUAAAGCCCUGCUCAGCACGUUCUCUGCCUUGCAA